AUGAAGAAAAACGGCGGCGAGGUGACUAAGUUCGCAGAUUACGCAAAAGAACGUAUUUGGCGCAAGAAUUUGGAUAAAUUUACAUUGAAAAUUCAACUUCCAAAUGAGGAGAAGAGGGAGUAUAGAUUCGGACCGAAUGUUGUGGUUCAUGAUGUGGUCAAAUCGAUUUGCGACGAGCUCGGAAUUACCAUCGCGGAGAUUUAUGGUUUGCAGCGAGUUCCUGGCUCGACUGAGUGGCUGAACGGGCGGAACAGACUGGAGCUGCAAAUACAGGAGCAAGAGGAGCUACUGUACAUAAGGCAGAAGUACUUUCCUGAUGUGAGUCUGCUUACUUCAAAGGAAAAAGAAUUCCUCUUACGUCAAAUUGAACAAGAUUUUCGCCUUGGGCGCAACGGGCAGCAAACGAUACCCGAGAGCUUCUUCGCCGAGUUCGCGGCGAAAGUCGAGUCCUCACACAAACCUCUCCCUGAACAAGAAGCGAACCCGGCGGAGUCUUUUGGCUGCUCAGCAGGUGCACCCGCGGGGAGCCAAGGAGGAACCAGCGAGAUGAUUAUUAACCGUGAAGGGUUGAUAUUUCCACAAACGCCAGCGGAUAGCGUGAAAUAUCACGAAAUCUACGGGGUCUCUAAAAUGAAGAAGGUCAAGCAAGGCAUUCGAAUUUUGCUAAUCGACGAGGACAAAUCCACCCGGCGACAGAUGGACAUCAUCUUAGAUUCGCCGAGAACGGCAAAAGCCACAUUCCGCUUCAUUUCCGAGUGUUACGUCUUCUACUCCUUCGAUCAGGUGCCGCUUUACAUGCUCGAGGGGCAGAAACAAGACCUGGGAAUACAAAUAUUAGACCUGUUCAAUCCGAAACAGGGGCGCAACUACAAGACGUUUCAAUUCGACUCGGUGAGUACGAAGGCUCAACUGGAUCUCAGGCACAGGAAGAGGAUACGCAACGGGCAGGAACUGGUGAAAAAUGAACGCGGAUUUGCCGACCUGGUCUACAAGAUCAUGUCAGAUUUAACCUGCCACAUUUGUUUCGAUCGAUCCGUGAGCGUGAUCCUUCGUCCAUGUAAUCAUCAGUUGAUGUGCCAAGAUUGCGCGGAAAAGUGCUCCGAAUGUCCCCUUUGUUUGGUGAAGAUCGAAGAGGUUUCCGUUGCAUUUUUGUCUAGGGAACGCAAAAAGUGCUUUAACUCCUUGAUAUUUAUUAUCUAA